AUGGCAAAUGACAAGGUUUUUGUAUUAGAGGGUGAGAUGAGUUUGGUGUUAAGACAGAUGAACAAAACUUUUUAUUCUAAUAAAGAAAUCUUCCUUCAGGAACUUAUUAAUAAUGCUUCAAAUGCUUUAGAUAAAAUUCAAUUUGAGAGUCAUACAAACAAGAAUAUUUUAGAUGAUAGGGUAAUAAGAUUGGUUCCCCACAAGGCUAACAAAACACUUUCCAUCAUUGACACUGGUAUUGGCAUGACCCAAACAGAUUUGGCAUAUAAUUUAGGAGUUGGCUUCUACUCUACAUAUUUGAUUGCUGACAAGGUUAUUGUCACCUCUAAGCAUAAGGAUCAUGAUCAAUAUAUAUGGGAAUCUCAACCAGGUGCCUCUUUCAUUGUUAAUAACGACAUCAAUGCCCAACAACCAUCAAGGGGAACCAAUAUCACCCUUUUCCUCAAGGAUAAUCAGUUAGAAUACUUGGAAGAGGUCACUAUCAAGAAUCUCGUUAUCAAAUAUUGCCAACACAUCUCCCACCGCAUUUACCUAUGGAAUGAGAAUACGAAGGAUGAUUGGCAACUUAUUAACAUUUGGUUUCAUAACCGAGAGAGAGACAGUAAACAUGUAGCUCAAAAACUUAUGAAUCACAUACCAGAUGAUUUUGUAUUCUCUAUUCUUUCUAACCUACCUUUGAAAUCUUUGAAGAGAUUUGGAUGUGUACGAAGAUCAUGGGCCCUCUUGUUUGAAAAUUCUCAUUUCAUGAACCUCCUUCGUAAUAACUUCAUAUGUAAUCACCAAUCGUACUAUGAUGAUACAUAUCUCCUAUUGAAUCUCUCUCCACUUUACCAGAAUCAUUACAAUUCCUCCUUAUUUUCAAUUUCUGGCGAGAGGUUUCAAAAUAUGGAAAAAUUAUACUGGCCUAGUCAAAUUCAAGAGGAUUACCUUGAGGGAAUUGGUAUUUUAGGUUCUUCUAGUAUCAAUGGAAUUCUGUGCCUAUACGUAAAUAAUGGACGACAACUUGUGUAUUUAUGGAACCCAACUAUCAAUGAAUUAAAGGUUAUUCCUCCCAGUCCAUUUGAGAAUGCACCAUAUUAUAUUUAUAUUGGGAUAAACUAUCACGGAUUUGGUUAUGAUUGUGUUAGAGAUGAUUAUAAGGUGGUUAGGCAAGUAUCUUUUUUUGUUAAUUCUGAUGACGAUGUGGAACCACAUGAUGUUUUCCCCCUCUCAUGUGCAACAAUUGAUUUUGUGUGGUUCGGAGGUGGCAUGGUUGAAGUUGACAUAUGGAGAAGUGAAAGAAUCCAAUACUGCUCCAUUGACCAGCGGUGGGCACUAGAAGCAUCGAGCAUGAGGUUGAAUAGCAAACUUGGGAAUCUUAGAAGGGAGCACCAUGAAGAUAAACGAUCAUUGUCAAAAGAUAAAACAAGUGCUAUUAGGUGCACCAAGUGUGAAGGUUAUGGACACGAAAAUUAUCAAUGUCCUAAUUGGAACGCAAAGUACAUGAAUCUUCAGGAACUCCAGGAUUACAUUGUAUACUUGAAAGAGGUAGAGAGGAGUGUUAGGCAAAAUCUCGAAGUUAGGCAAGAGCAGCAAGCGAAAAGGGAGCAUGAAAAGGCGAAAAGAGCACUAAAGGAAAUGUUUAUCUUUGAUCCUGGAGGACAAUCUCCAAACACCUUGAUAAUAAGAGAUUGGCCUCUUUUAUGA